AUGAGCGACACGACGCGCGUUUUUGGUUUUCCUGCGUAUCCGCCGUUCAAGCUCGGUCAGCCGCGAUUCGCGCAGGAGACGUUUCUCGGAAGAUAUUUGCAUUAUUUGGACGUCAUCGAUCCGCGGACCCUAUUCGCCUCAGAGAAAAAAUUGAAGGAUGCUGUGCAGCUUUUGGAAGACUUCAAAGCUGGAAAUGCGAAAAAUAUCCCGGACAAAUCGCUGUGGGAAGCGCAGAAGCUGAAGCAGGCGGUUCUUCAUCCGGAUACGGGCGAGAAAGUUCUGGCGCCGUUUCGAAUGAGCGGCUUUGUGCCGUUCGGCUGGAUCACGGUGACGGGAAUGCUGUUGCCGAAUCCGUCGUGGCCGACGCUCAUUUUUUGGCAAUGGAUGAAUCAGUCGCACAACGCGUGCGUCAAUUACGCCAAUCGAAACGCGACGCAGCCGCAACCGUUGUCGAAAUACAUUGGCGCCUAUUCGGCGGCGGUGACGGCGGCGUGCUCGGUGUCGGCCGGCCUCACCUACGCCAUCAAGAAGUCGUCGCAAUUGCCGGCGACGACGCGCCUCAUCGUUCAGCGAUUCGUUCCGCUGCCGGCCACCUCGUUGGCGUCGUCGCUCAACGUGAUAUGUAUGCGAUGGAACGAGCUGCAGACGGGCAUCGAGGUCUAUGAGAAGGAUAGCGGUCGAGUUGUCGGCGUGUCGAAGGUGGCCGCGAAACAGGCGGUCACCGACACGACGCUGGUUCGCGCGUUUCUGCCCGUCCCGCUUCUGCUCAUCCCGCCGUGCAUUAUGCCGUUUUUUGAGAGAUAUGAUUGGGUGACGAAAACCAAAGUGCGACAUAUUUUCGUCAACGCGCUGGUUUGCACGUUGUCGUUUGCCGCUUCGCUGCCGGUGGCGUUGGCAUUGUUCCCGCAAGAAAGCGCUCUACCUGUCGAUCAAUUGGAGGCUGAAAUUCGCGACAAGACCAACGCGAAAGAACUAUACUAUAAUAAGGGAUUAUAG